CGCAUUUUGGACCCUUAUCCGUCGCAUCACGCUGGAACAGGCAAGGAUGCCGAGGGCGUAUACCGGUCCGCCUCUGCCAAGACUGCCAUGGUCUGGUCUUCUGAGUGUUGAACAGCUCAACCGACUCAAGGUCGAGAUCCCUGACUUUGUCAUUUGUCCUGGCUACACAGGUCGCUUUGCCUCGGUGCCAGACGAAGGUGGCAGGGUGUAUGUUGCCGGUGCCACGGGUGGGCUAUCUCACACCAAGACGAUCCUUCGGCGAUGGGCCUCAAAGGCGGACACUGAUCAAGUCAAGUGGUGGCUCGAGACAAUGAAAGACAAGUCGAUUGAGCCCGUCACGUGUCACCAACUCUUGAGCGGCCUAGACUUUGAUCGAUGGACCAACUACCACAAGGCUUAUCAUCGUGCCGUAGGAGCCAAUCGAUUCAGGAGGCAUCACGCUCGCAAGAGGGCUCGCAUCGUGGAGGAGAAGGAGACAGAGCUCGGAGUCGCACGAGAGCUGCUCGGACUCUCCAAUACCAACGUCGAGGUCAAGAAGGCGUCGCUCGAUCUCACUGAAGCAGGCUCGCCGGCUCGCAGCUUUGAAAGCUCUUCCGUUCGCAGCACCCUCGGCGAUCCAUCUCCCGCUCACACCAAGACAAGCCGCUAAUGCGCAAUGCGCCUAGCUGCUCCUCAUCUCGCAUCGCCUCAGGAGCACGUCAGAUCAUCUCCACUCAAGAGCCCUUUCCUCUGAUCACUGUCCGAUAGACCCACAUUAUUCUCCUCCCACACCAUCGGCUUCGACAAAGCCAAGUGAGCGCCGCGAUUCACACAAACAAUCGCCUUCUCCUCACGAUUUGUAUCCCUUCCAACCUUCUUCAUCUCUGCGCUCGCUGUCACAAACUUCUGAACCGCUAAUCAUUGUACAUCUAUACCAAGUCAUCAUCUGUAUUCUCGCUGCUCGCUGGGAUCAGGGCGUGAGGGCGUAACGCUUCUGCGCCGCCUCUGGUCCGCCAUCAUCCCCCUCGACCCUGACGGACCCUGGCGAUGGCGGCGAGCUAGCGAUGAGCAAUUGCAAAUAGAACUCUGUCGCGACGAUAUUG